AUGAGGCCCACAGCGACGGGGCCGGGCGGCGGCGUGGUGAGGCGGAAGGCGGGGGCGGCCGCCGCCGCGGCGGCGGCGAGCCGGGAGUGGCUGGUGGUGCCGGCGUCGGGGCGGGCGCGGGUGGAGGAGGCCGGGAAGCACGCGGUGAUGGCGCGUACGGGGCUGCCGGCGCGGGACCUGAGGGUGCUCGACCCGCUGCUGUCCUACCCGUCCACGAUCCUCGGCCGCGAGCGCGCCAUCGUCGUCAACCUCGAGCGCGUCAAGGCCGUCAUCACCGCCGCCGAGGUGCUGCUCCCCAACUCCAAGGACCCCGACUUCGCGCGCUUCGUCCGCGACCUCCAGGCCCGCGUGCUCGCUUACUCCGCGGACCAGGCUGCAGAGUUUACUGAUAUGGAUGGUGAAUCAUCUGCAAUUGCUUCACCAUUUCCUGCUCCUAGUUCAUCUAAAGGACAUGAACUGGAGAUGGCUAAGAGGACUCCUAAUGCGGUGGGUGAAAUGACUCACAGCAGCAGUGUGCCCACAUUGACUGCUAUGAAAGAUGGAAGCACCAAGGUUUUACCCUUUGAAUUCCGUGCGCUUGAAGUGUGUCUCGAGUCAGCUUGUAGAUCUCUGGAAGAGGAGACUGUGACUCUGGAGAAAGAGGCAUAUCCAGCAUUGGAUGAGCUAACUUCAAAGAUCAGUACCCUGAAUCUUGAGCGAGUUAGGCAAAUUAAGAGCCGGCUGGUGGCAAUCUCUGGACGCGUGCAGAAGGUGAGGGAUGAGCUUGAGCAUCUAUUGGACGAUGAAAUGGAUAUGGCCGAAAUGUACUUGACAGAAAAACUUGCUCGAGAAGAUAUCAGUGAGACUUCAUCUAGAGUUGAGGUUGAUGAUCAUGAUCAUGAUCAUGACCCAUCUCAGUUGGAGGAGGAUAUGGAUGAGGAUUAUCGAAGCGAGCCAGCUGGAACUGCAAGCAAUGGCAGCUCUAUUGGUUAUAAGCCCAACAUUGAAGAACUGGAGAUGCUUUUAGAGGCCUACUUUGUGCAAAUUGACGGUACACUAAAUAAGCUUUCGCAUCUGAGGGAGUAUGUUGAUGACACCGAGGAUUACAUCAACAUAAUGUUGGACGACAAGCAGAAUCAGCUUCUACAGAUGGGGGUCAUGCUCUCGACCGCGACGGUUGUCAUUACUGCCGGAGUGGCUGUCGUUGGUCUUUUCGGGAUGAACAUUGGCAUCUCUCUUUACAAUCCCGUAGGCGAGGAGCAGACGCGAGCAGCACAUGUUAAGUUUUGGGAAACCACUUUCGGCACCAUUGCUGGGUGCACGAUCCUGUAUGUAAUAGCCAUGGGCUGGGGGAAGAGAAGCGGGCUAUUGCAAUGAGGGCGCACCCAAUCCUGUCAACAACUCCUCCCUCAGAAGGCUUUGCUGGAGAACCCCUAAAAGAGGGCCGCGUGCGCCUGAAUUAUAUUGGUACCUGAAAAUGCAUACCUGUAACCUAUCCCUUGAAAGCGUUGGAACGGAGGGAAGGAAGUUUUCUUGAUGUAAGAAAAUGGGUAGUUGGAAGAGAAGGAAAUCGUUGCAUAAAGCGUCGGCACAAUGCUGUCAUGCCAACUCAGAGUUUGCUAUUGCACCUGGGAGUCGAGCAGUUGCUUAAACCCUCUCGGUGCAAAUUACUCUUGUAAAAGUUUGUCUUGCCAUUGUAUAUGUAAACCUGCUGCUACAAGUGAAUAAUAUCAUUGUAGAAAUGCUGCUACUUCCUGUCUUGGCCAGGGGAGAAUUAUUACCAUGUUGAUAUUGCUGACAGCGUGAGUCCAUAUUGUUUGUUUGUACGAA